UGCCGGGAAGUGUAGUGUAAAGCGCAUGAAACAUGGCGACCUCCACGGGGCAGGGUGUGCAGGCUGUCGGCGGCUCCGGCGUGGAGAAGGUGGAGGUGUUACUCCACCCGGAGCUGCUGUCUCAGGAGUUCAUGCAGCUCAUCCUAAAGGAGAAACAUGUCAGCACCGGAGGCUGCGAGAGUCGGGACCGGCUCACGGAGCUCUACCUCCGGCAUGUCAUCCCGCUGCCGCAGAGGACGCUGCCCAACAGCCGCUGGGGCAAGAGGAUGGAGAGGAGCCGAGGGAGGCAGAGCCCGGCCGGCCACAGGGCAGACAGUUCCAGUAACGACCACAACAGGAAAAGGCCUCUGAUCGUGUUCGAUGGCAGCUCGUCUCACUCUGGCCCGCUAAAAGUAAAGAAACCGGAGGGAGCCACCGCGUCAACAGGAAUCACCGACAGGUUAAAGCCUCCGCCCGCCAGGAGCCUGUCCAACCCCAUCCGCAGGCUGUCCGGAAACACGUCUUCCUCGUCUGUCACAGAUACAGACACGAACCUCAAACGAGAAGCAAACAGCUCGGAUGAACCGAAGUCUCCAGAGGUGAAGAAAAAGAUCCAGCAUGUGACAUGGCCCUGACCUUUGACCCCUGAUCACACACACCGCUCUCCCCGUCUCCCACCAAAUGUUGUCGCUCACCGUCUGUGCUCUCCCCCCUUCAUAGUUAUCCCACCAACACAACGACACAGCUCUCGUCCCGGGCUGAGAGCUGACAGGAUGCGGCGGUGUUGACUUUGAAGUCACGAGCUUCUUUGUUGCUUUCCAACAACCUCAAGUGCCCUUACCAUUAAAGAUCAGCAACUGUCCUCAACCCCACACAUGGAGACCUUUUACAGGACAAAACAAGCAACAACUCUUGUUUUCUGACGUAACAUUUGGUUGUUGACGAGCUGUUUCUGUGCACGACUCGGUAAGAAGGCCCGCAGUACUUGUUUGUUUCUAUGACUCGAUCGAGACUCUCAUCGGGAUUGUGACUGUCAAGAUGAAGGACAGAUCUAAGAAACAUUGUGAACGUGUUAUCAGGCAAAACAUUAAAUAUUUAAAAAAAUAUUCAGUUUUUCUCUGGUGUACCUUUUUAAAUAAUACAAAAAACAGAUUAGGUGGAAGCUCAUGUCUAAGUUUUAAACCGGUAGUCGGCGUCAUUUUCGUUCUCCAUCCCAGUGAAGUUAUUUCUUAUACAGUUGCAUCAUAAUCUGCUGCUAAAUAACCGUGUUGACACAGAGGAAUAUGACGUUUUAAUCCUUUACAAGGAAAAAGAAAGGAAUGUGAACUAAACCAGGAAUAUUGUCUUUUUGAUAUUUAUUUGGAAUUGUGGAUAAAUUAACGGAGACAGAGUUCAUCAAAAACACACAGGAGCAAGAUUCACAAAGCGUUUUGUCAAAUCCAUUGUCAUGUUUGUACCAACAGUUUUUUAAAAAUAAAUUGUCUCAAUACAA